UCCUCACCGCUCUGAGCGGCCGGUCCGCGCGCCCAGCCCGCCCUCUUCCUGUUGCCCGGCCGUCUGUUCUGGAGAGAUGGACUGCGGCGGGCCUCGCCCCCCACGUUACUACUGUGCAAUGAUUUGCAUGAGCCCCGGCCGGAGUUCCCAUUGGCUGGAGUUCAAGGAGGCCUUCCAGCUGUUUGACAGAACAGGGGAUGGCAAGAUCCUGUACAGCCAGUGUGGGGAUGUGAUGAGGGCCCUGGGCCAGAACCCCACCAACGCCGAGGUGCUCAAGGUCCUGGGGAACCCCAAGAGUGAUGAGAUGAAUGUGAAGGUGCUGGACUUUGAGCACUUCCUGCCCAUGCUGCAGACUGUGGCCAAGAACAAGGAUCAGGGCACCUAUGAGGACUACGUCGAAGGCCUUCGGGUGUUUGACAAGGAAGGGAAUGGCACUGUCAUGGGUGCUGAAAUUCGGCAUGUUCUCGUUACUCUUGGUGAGAAGAUGACAGAGGAAGAAGUGGAAAUGUUAGUGGCAGGGCACGAAGACAGCAAUGGCUGUAUCAACUAUGAAGCAUUUGUGAGGCAUAUCCUGUCGGGGUGACGGGCCGUGGGGCGGAGCUCGUCCGCAUGGUGCUGAAUGGCUGAGGACAUUCUGCGUGUGCCUGGAGCCAUGUGUGAGACUGUGUGGCCCCAAAGGCUUCCUAGGUUCCCUUUCACAGCACCUUUCCCAGCUUGUCUCUUGGAUAUUUGCUGUCAGCACUCACCAAAUAAACUUGCUGUAUCCUAAA